AUGGCAGCUCUCCGCUCUACCUCAUCGAGGCUCCUGGCCUCGGCCUCGCGACCGGCCUUUGUCAAGCCUGCCGCCAUCUUCUCCCGCUCAAUGGCUUCGGUCGGUGAUGCCACCGUCCAGGCUACCCCCAAGGGCGCCGACGACUCCCGCAUGAAGACCUUCCAGAUCUACAGAUGGAACCCCGACCAGCCCACCGAGAAGCCGCGGAUGCAGUCCUACACCCUCGACCUCAACAAGACCGGACCCAUGGUGCUCGACGCCCUCGUGCGCAUCAAGAACGAGGUCGACCCGACCCUGACCUUCCGCCGGAGUUGCCGUGAGGGUAUCUGCGGCUCCUGCGCCAUGAACAUCAAUGGCACCAACACACUGGCUUGCCUGUGCAGAAUACCUACCGACACCAAGGACAUGAAGAUUUACCCCUUGCCUCACACCUACGUCGUCAAGGAUCUCGUGCCCGACUUGACGCACUUUUACAAGCAAUACAAGUCCAUCAAGCCUUACCUGCAGAGAGAUACUCCCGCACCUGAUGGCAGGGAAUACCGCCAGAGCAAGGCCGACCGCAAGAAGCUUGACGGUCUGUACGAGUGUAUCCUGUGCGCCUGCUGCUCAACGUCGUGCCCGUCGUACUGGUGGAACUCGGAGGAGUACCUGGGCCCUGCCAUCCUGCUGCAGUCGUACCGCUGGCUCGCCGACUCGCGUGACGAGCGCAAGGGUGAGCGCAAGGCCGCCCUCGACAACUCCAUGAGCUUGUACCGAUGCCACACCAUUCUCAACUGCACACGGACUUGCCCCAAGGGUCUCAACCCCGGUCUCGCCAUUGCCGAGAUCAAGAAGGAGAUGUCUUUCUAA